CAUGUUUCCGUCUCGUUAUAGUUAGCUCUGCAGGUAGCUGCAAGAGUGAGAUUAAAGCGGCACUGCAGAACACAAAGACUUUUAAAAAUUAGUUUUCUGCUUACAGAUGUUGCUAAGCAUUCCAUGUAUGUAUCAUGUUAAAUGCAUGUAGUGAACAUAUAAUGGACCUCCGUAGAAGACCUCUGCAAGUAACCAAUCAGAUUGCACCAUUUGUGACAAGCAUCUCUUCGUUGCUAAGGCAGCCCUUCUUGCACAAAUUUCUGCAAUGAUCAUCCUGUUGUUAUUUGCUACAUCCAAAGCUGCCUACUGCACAAUUGUUUCUGUUAUCAAAUUCAAAACAAGAUGGCGUUUUUACGCACAAAACAUAUUUGCUUCUGUUGUACUGUUGUACUGUGCUGGCUCAAGGUAUCUGUCUUAUAUACUAUAAUAAUACAUCCAGUUUAUCUUAAAUACAUGUGACCAGGCUCUGGGAAAACAGACCAAUUGAGACUACAGUGCAUAAUCUCAUAAAAUUUUUCUUUGCUUAUAGUUAUAUAACUACAGUCUUUUUACUACCUCUCUGCAAACAUGCACCUUAAUUUGGCAAUCUUUGAGUGGGCGUUUCUCAAUACCAACGCGCAUAACUCAGGCAUGGAACGAGGUAUGUGCGUAGGCAAUUCUUUGCUCUAUCAUCUGGUAUAUAGAUCGCAAAAAUUAUAGCUUGCGCCAAUUGGUCUGUUUUCCCGAGCCUGUUACAUAUACCUCCUGUACAAGAAAAUCCCUCUCUUUGAUAAUACUUGCUCUGAAAUAUUGAUUUUCUCAGAAACAAAAAAUUGUUAUUCUUGUUUUAGUCUGCAGCUAUAAGAUGCAAGAUGGAUGCAAGAUGAUUGUCUAAGCGCCAGAAAAAAAUAAUUCCAACAACUUUUUUAGGACCUAAAAAAUUAUGCUGAUGCUGAUGUAGCGGCUGGCGCUAUAAUUACAUCAACUUUACAGUAUCACUUCUGGUUUCUUUAUGUCAUUUUUGUGGCAGCUGCAGUUGAACGGACCUAGCUAAGGUGUCUGGCUGUAAAGCAUUGACUAAACAGACUCAACAAGACAGAAAAUGUGAUGCAAUCUGAGAAAAGAGACCACUUCGCGGUAAAAGUCAAUUAGAGCUAUAGGCGUAUUCAUGACUCAUGGUGUUAAUUGAUUAAUAACGUUUUAAUAGCUUAUAUGUAUCUACAGACCUUCUGCUACCUGUCUACGAAGUCUGAAGCUCUGAAUCCAUCUCUUUCCACCCGAGCGAGCCGUCAGAAAACUGUCACUAUUGUUCACUUUUUAUAAAAAAAUUUUGCCACGUAAACGAUUUUUCCGCCUACGCGACACGGAAAUAUCCGGUAGUAUACGGGGGGAUUUUCCCCUUGCGGUAGAAUUUACAUCCGUUACUUAGCUACUAAAAUUAUAAUGCACGUUCACGCAUGGUCUAUUCUGCAUUGAUGGCGACACAUACGAGUGCAAGGGAAGCUUCUAAAGCUAUAAAUGAUCUACUGCACUACUCUCUCGAGGACCAGGAUGCCUUGCUAGAUGUCCUAGAUGAGUAUUUCACUUCUCCUGAAGACCUGGAAGAAGACAGUGAUGCAAUGGACACCACAGGUAAAAUACACAUCAAAAUAAAUACAGUAUACGCUAAAAUAAGACAGCUUGACAUGCAAAACACAUACAUAAUUAUAAAUGCACAAUAAUACUACCUAACAUAACUACACAGAGUGUGACAUAGAGGAUGAGAGAGAAGAAUUUAACAGUGACGAAGAAACAGACGUGGACGACGAAAUUGACAUUUCUACAGAUACGACAGUAACAGAGGCAAUGUCCAAAUUACAGCAGGUUUGUGAUGUUGAGGUGGAACUCACUCGAUCAGACGCUGAAGAGAAGAAGGAGGUACACGAUUUUUGCCGAAAAGAGUGUGGGUGUAGUCUGUGGAAACAGAAGUGCUGCUCGCUCCAGUUUUCAGUUCACGAAGUCGAAGACGUUCGUUCCCAGUGCGCAAGCCUCUCCCACGACGAGCUGGAUAUGGUUCUUUUAGGACAAAUCAUGGCCACAUCCAACAAUAGAGACACGGUUGUUACAGCAUCUGGGCAUAAAAAGUCACCGCGACAGAAAGCGUACACCAGAUAUUUUCACCAGGGAUUGAUUGUUUGUGCCAAAAUGUUCUUGUUUUUCCAUGGUGUUAGUCGCACACGUAUGAAGGCCCUGGCCCAAAGAUACAAAGAAAAUGGAUUGACCCCAAGGAUCCAUGGUAACACCAAGCGUUCCCCGAAGUGGACACUUUCUCUCUCUUCAGCUGAAUUCGUUGUUGGUUUUUUGGUCCACUACACUCAACUCCACGGGCUUCUUUUACCAGGCCGUGUGCCUGGUUACAGUCGAUCAGACCUGAAGCUGCUACCCUCUAGUGCGACCAAGCGUUCAAUUUGGAUCGAAUAUCAUCAAUCGGCCAUCAAUGACAGCAGUAUUCACACAGUUGUGUACAGCACCUUCUGUCGGCUCUGGCGUACUCUCCUACCACAAGUUCUCAUAAUGAAGCCAAUGUCCGAUCUCUGUUGGCAGUGUCAGCAAAACAGCACGGCUAUCAUUCGUUCUGCCAACAGCCAGGAAUCCGAUAAAAGCUCAACUCUCAAGGCUGCUGAAGACCACCUAACGCACGUACAGUUGGAGCGAUCGUACUAUCGAGCGAUUUGUGAUGACUGUCGACAAGAAGUCCGAACAUGCUUCACAGAAAACGGCACCUUCUCACCACCACUGCCUCACUCGGGAAUCCCUGCAAACACCAAGAGAAUAAAAGUGCAUUAUUCAUUUGAUUAUGCUCAGCAAGUACAUUACCCAUGUGAUCCUCUGCAGCCUGGGCCAAUCUUUUUUUUGACACCUCGGAAGUGCUCAAUUUUUGGUGUUCAUUGCGAAGCCAUCCCCCGUCAAGUAAACUUCCUUGGAGACGAGGCAGGAGAUUGUGGCAAGGGAGCAAAUACCGUCAUCAGCCAGCUUCACUAUUACUUCGAACACCAUGGCCUAGGGGAGACGGAGGUGUACCUGCACGCUGACAAUUGUACGGGUCAAAACAAAAACAGCUGCAUGAUCCACUACCUUUGUUGGCGUUGUAUGACAGGACGGCACACGAAGGCCACAAUCUCGUUCAUGGUUGUCGGCCACACCAAGUUUGCUCCAGAUUGGUGCUUUGGUCUUUUGAAACAGCGGUACAGAAGAACGAGAAUUGGCUGUCUCACAGAUAUUGCUACCGUUGUCAACCAGUCUGCAGUCUGCAAUGUCUCCCAGCUCGUUAUUAGAGAGGACGGGACAACAGUUGUGCCUGUGUUUGAUUGGACCAGUUUUUUUGCUGUCCGGAUGAAGAAACUGACUGGUAUCAAAAAGUUUCACCACUUUUACUUCGAUUCGGCAAAACCAGGCGAGGUCGUUGUGAAAGUGCGCUCCGAUUCAGCCGAAACGAAAUACGAGUUGCUGAAACAGCCUUGGACUCCUGAUCCUCAAACACUUCCCGACAAAGUUCCACCAAGAGGGCUCUCAAGUGAACGUCAGUGGUACUUAUACGAAAAAAUCCGUCCGUUCUGUCCCUUUGAAUCACAAGACGUAACUUGUCCCUUGCCUACCGCUCCAAGGCCAACCAGUCGCCAUGGAACUCCAGCUACAACACCUCCUCCCCCUGAGUCAUCCCAGCCACCUGCAAAAAAACGGAGAUGUGGUUUGUGCAGGCAGGAAGGACAUGUUCGAACUGUUUGCCCUCAAAGACAAGACUGAAUUAUUUUUUAUACUUAUAAUAUACUUAUUACACUAUUGCAUACUUCACAUGAAAUGUUGUGACUGUUACUCAUUCAAGUUAAGCAAGUUAAGCAAGAAACACACUAAAGGCUAGCUAGAUCUAGGGUGUAAUUUAACUUACUUGAGUUAGAGAAGGUAUCCUUAGCCCUGGAGCUAUCUUGCUUCCAAACGGUGAGAUGUGUGACUGCUGUGCCCUAUUCUGUUGUAGUCAUUAGCUCAAGAGCUUCAGGAGUAAGCGAUGGAAGUAGUAUACUUUAUCUACAAGGCCCUAAAGCUUUCUUAGAAAAAUAA